AUGAUUGAUGACGAUGGUGGUUUGGCUGCCAACCAAAACGAUUGUAGAGGAUCAUACUACAAUAGUGGCCAUGAGCUGGUUGUUGGGCUCGACACCAAGAAAGAACGCUUAGGUUAUGUUAAGCCUUCGCUGCCCGAAGCCUUCGCCGCCCGAACCCAUUGCCGCAACAACUCCUUGCCUCUCCGUAAUAGCUCUCUGCCUCUCUUCACUACCGUCGCCGUCGCCGUUGCCGGACUCCUCUCUACCUCUCGGAACUCACCGCCACCAGCCGUAGGGAUCCUCUCCACCUCUCUGCACCGACCAUUGCCGGCCGCACGACUCCACUCUGCCUCUCCGCACUCGCCGUCGUCUGCUACAAGACUUCCUUCCAUCUCUCCGUAUCAUAGGACCACAGCAAGAGUAAGCAAGCCCUUUGUUAACCACUCCACACUCUACAUCAAGCCAAAAGCUCAAAGCCAAAGGAAAUGCGAAUGGAGUUAUAUGGCUUGUGGUAUAUUUAUAGGCAAAAGGAUACAUAUAUAACGGUGACCACUUCUCAAUUCUAAGUUAUAUAGUGAACAUCUUUAUAUUUUUCACAUCAGAUGUAAUUAAUUAGUUUUAUAUUAGAUUGUGGUCAUCUAAGUUAUAUAAUGAACAUCUUCUUUAUAUUUUUCACAUCAGAUGUAAUUAGUUUUAUAUUAGGUUGUGGUCAAUGAUUAUUAAUUUC